AUGAAUUGCCUUUUCUGCUCAUCCUAUAUAGAGAGUAGCUUUCACUUAUUCUGGGACUGCAUAGUUGCAAAAUCCAUUUGGUUUGGUUGCUCGUGGUGUGUGAGAACUUCUGUCCCUUCCAUUUCAAAUUGGGAGGAGUGGAUUGAUUGGUUCACUAUGUCGGCCAACAGACCUCCUGCAAUGGACCUCAACUGCUUCUUAGGAGGUGCUGCAAUUAUAUUCGAAAGCAUAUGGAAGGAAAGAAACUCAUUACUCCAUGGUAAGCAGCAGACCCCCUUGAAAGUGCAAGUACAAUACAUUAAUAGUAGAUUCCAUGAAAUGAACACAAUUAAGGAGUCUACCAAUCCUCCCAACAUGGAAUGGAAUCCACCUCCGGAAGGUUGGAUUGCUUGCAACUCGGAUAUUGCUAUUGGCCAAUCCCAAGCAACGAGGGCUGCGGUGUUCAGGGAUACGACUGGAUCUAUCCUUUGCGUCACCACAUUUAGAUCUACUCACUGUGACCCGCUGCCAGGGGAAAUCUCUGCAAUCAUUGAAGGUGCGGCAGCAGCAGCAAAAUUUGGCUUCAAGAAUGUCAUUUUUCAGAAUGACUCACUGAAUGCAGUUAGUGCGUUGAAAAGCAACACUGCGGAUAUACAAAAACUGCAUUUCAACAUUCAAGAAAAGGUUAAAAAGUUCAUCGAUCUCUCGGCGGAAUUCAACAUUCAUGAGAUUAUAUGGACUCCUCGCUCGUGUAAUGGUGUGGCCCACUCCGUGGCUCAAUGGGAAAACCGAAACAACAUCUUUGGUGUUUUGGAUAUACCCAAUUUUGAUGAUUUCCUGCAGAUGAUUGCUGCAGAUGGUCAUUUAUCUGUUUAG